GUAACCCCAGACUCCCGCUUACUUUGAACGACGAUCGUGCGGGGAGAGCUGUCACAGGGUCCGGGUUGCAGAAACAGAGUUUACUCGGUGCAUUGCUUGGUUGCCUGUCGAUCUUUUCGUGUAUUUGUCGAGAAAGGAGGCAGCCAGCUCCAGACAAAGGUCCCGUUUUUUUUCCCAUUUUGAUGGUUUCCUUUGUUGAAAGGUUAACCGUGCGAUGUUAGAUCCACGAAAUAUCUAAAAUUUGUUUCCGUGGCCUUUCGCGGCGUGACGCAUAUGGCGUAGCCUCGUCUGUGGGGUUUCGAACAUUCUGGUUCCCACAAUGCCAUAAUCGCGAUAUGGGGAACUUUAUAUUCUCUUCAUCUAUAAAGUUGACAUAGAGGUCGAAUUGCGUCUCUCAAGUAAUAGCGGAGAGUUCUAGCCAAUUCAUACACCUUGUCCCAGCCGCCGAGCCCUACCCUUCACAACACCACACCACACGGCAAACAUCAUGGCGAGUAGCAAACCCAUCAACGUCUCCAUAGAGCCGCUCAACUAUGCAGACAUCUCAACAUGUGCUCAAAUCGCCGCAGACUCCUUUGCUACAGACCCCCAUACCAUUGUCAAGCAGCUUGGCAAGGAUGGCUACGACAUGGCCGACAUCUUUCGCGGCAUGUUCCUUCGCAAUCUCGAGCGCAAGACCAUUGUUCACGUGAAAGCCGUAGACCAAGAUACAGGCAAAAUCGUGGGUCAUGGUGGCUGGGCAUUCCCCCGUGUCGAUCCAGCUACUAUUCCGCGCCAAGGACCGAGCGACGAGAAGCCUGCUGCACUUCAAGAGAAGACGCCUGAGACGGCGGCGAAACAAGAGAAGAGCGAAGCUCCAGUCGGCGGGCGCAUCGACGAACUUCACGCGCUAGAAGAUAAAGAUAUGCAGGAGUGGAUGACGGAGCAGGUGCCCUCAGAUAAGCCGUGUAUGAUUAUUGCGUGUCUCAUGGUGCACCCGGAGUAUCAGUCAAGAGGCGUGGGAAGCGCGCUGAUCCAGCAUGGCAAUAAGACGGCGGACCAGCUGGGGUUGUCCAUCUAUGUGCACUCGUCGGAUCAGGCGUGGAAGGCAUACUCCAAGUUUGGGUUUACGACGAUGAGGGAGCUUGAUAUCGAUCUGGACGAGUAUGCACCGCGGCCGCCGAGAGAUGAUGAGCAUGUUAUGGGGAAGAAGGGCAUUGGUAAAUGGGGAAAGUAUAUGAUUCGGUACAUGGUGCGGACGCCGGUGAAGGCGAGUGAGUAGUACCGGAUAAAAUAAAUCAAUGGAAAUAUAAAAGAAUAUUCUCUGCGUAAUUAAGCAUUUUUGGGGAGUUUGCAGUACCGAUAUUGCUUAUAUAGUAUCGUAUAAUUGGUGCUCAGAUGGCGAUGCUACCCUAUCCGCUGAACGCGC